UGGUUUUGCGCAACUGGUUCUUCUGUCCAGUCCAAACAGUCUCAAAAGGGAAUCAAAACUUGCAGGAACACAUCACUUCUUCAACAGAUUUCUGCAUACUCCACUUCAAACUGCAGCUGAGCUCAGAGCGAUGAAUCCUCAAGGUUACCCGAGUGCUUCGGUUCCACUGCAGGGGGUGCCGUAUGGACAGCCUGAAGGCCCUGGAAUGGUUCAGCACACCACUGUGAACAUCAUCGAAGAGCCCCCAAAGGACCACAUCAUCUGGUCCAUCUUCAGCUUUGUCUACCUGAACCCUUUCUGCCUCGGACUGGCAGCUCUCAUCCACUCCGUCAAGGCCAGAGACCGGAAGAUGGUUGGAGAUCUGCAAGGGGCCCAACACUACGGUUCCACUGCUCGUUCCCUCAACAUCGCCGCCACCAUCCUGAUUUUCCUCAUUGUCGUGAUUGUCAUUAUUGCAUCCAGCAUCCUUUCUGUACUCACGAGAAUUUCCUUUGGACGGUAA